GCACGGCCUUUUCCCAGUGCUGCAGCGCCCUUACGUUUGCGCUGUGACUCUCCGGUCCUAGCCCAAACGGGACAAAAUACGCCGAAAUGGGGUUUGUGAAGGUUGUUAAGAACAAGGCCUACUUUAAAAGAUACCAAGUGAAGUUUCGCAGAAGGAGAGAGGGCAAGACCGAUUACUAUGCCCGUAAACGCUUGGUCAUCCAGGACAAGAACAAAUACAAUACUCCUAAGUACAGGAUGAUUGUGCGUGUAACCAACAGAGACAUCAUCUGCCAGGUUGCUUAUGCCAGGAUUGAAGGAGAUAUGGUUGUCAGCGCUGCUUACUCUCACGAACUUCCCAAAUACGGCAUCAAAGUUGGCCUGACGAACUAUGCUGCAGCUUAUUGCACCGGUCUGCUGCUGGCCCGCAGGCUGCUUAACAAGUUCGGCCUUGACAAAGUCUACGAAGGCCAGGUAGAGGUGACUGGAGAUGAAUACAACGUAGAGAGCAUUGAUGGUCAACCUGGUGCCUUUACAUGCUACCUGGAUGCCGGCCUAACCCGAACCACCACUGGAAACAGAGUCUUUGGUGCUUUGAAAGGCGCUGUGGAUGGUGGCUUAUCCAUUCCACACAGCACCAAGCGAUUCCCAGGCUACGACUCAGAGAGUAAAGAGUUUAAUGCAGAGGUCCACCGUAAACACAUCCUGGGCCGAAACGUGGCUGAAUACAUGCGCCUCCUCCUAGAGGAAGAUGAAGACGCAUACAAAAAACAGUUCUCUCGGUACAUAAAGAACGGCGUCACAGCUGACCUUGUGGAAGACCUCUACAAAAAGGCUCAUGCUGCCAUAAGGGAGAACCCAGUGCACGAAAAGAAGCCCCAGAGAGAAGUGAAGAAGAAGAGGUGGAAUCGUGCCAAACUCUCCCUGGCACAGAAGAGAGACCGCGUUGCUCAGAAGAAAGCAAGCUUCCUCCGAGCCCAGGAGAAGGCUGCUGCUGACAGCUAAGCUUUGCUGCCGUCUGUUUUCUAUGAGUCUCAAUGCUACAAAAUAAAUCUAUUCAAUCUA